GCGACAGUCCGCGUCCAGCCGCCGCGCACACACACCGCCGCGCUCUUUACCCGCACUCGAGGCUCCGGCACGUGCAUCACUAUCUCUUUCACGGCAGCCUCUGCCCGGCCUUCCACGAACUUCGAUAAUGGCCCGAUAAAGGCUAAUUGCCCGCGUAGUUUGUCACUUAGGAAUCGAGUGACGGGUGACAGUUCGCGAGUGCAGUGUCAGAGCGGUGAUGGCCGAGAAUCACGCGCUCAUUCCCGAAGCGACCGCGAUGUAUACUCAGACAAACAUGAAGGAGUCACAGGACAUAUCAAAGAACUUGAUGAGCGGUGAUUUUGAGAGACAGUUUAGGGGUGCGAUGGUGGAGAAGACGGACCGGCGGUGGCAAACGUGGCUGAUCACGCUGGCCGUGGUGGUGGGCGCGCUGCUGGCGUGGCUGCUGGUGUUUACGGUGGUGCGCGAGCUACAGGUGCGCCAGCUGCGCCGCGAGGUGGACGAGCUCACCGCCAACAUGAUCGCCAUGUCCGCCAACUUCAAGUCGCUCAGCCAGAAGAUCGACAAAAACAAACUGUUUAACGAGUUCAAGGACUUGCAGGACACGAUCUAUGCUGAUGAGGACAUCAGCAGUCUAGAUGGGAAGGAGGUGGUGAAGGAUCGCGUGUACGACUCCCUGGAGAAGCUGCAUGGGCUCACGGUGAUGGAGGAUGAUAACAUUGGUGAUGAUGAAGACAUGCUGGACACGGGAGACGACGCGGAGAGCGGGGACUGGUACCCUGAUUAUGAUAAGAGGGAACAUAUUGGCACGACGAACAUGGUGCACCUUCGACCUGAGGACUUCGUGGACAGCGACCUCUCGUUCAGGUCCGACAGCGAGAGGUCCGUGCUGUCCAACAUCCGGGAGAUCAGGAGACGGCUCAACGAGAACCCUGAGGAUCCUGACUUGCCUGAGCUACAGCCGCUGCCGACAUCGACACCUCGCGCGGAUCCCCCAACUCCUCCAGCCGAGGAGAUGACGCGUGACAAGCGCAGCGUGUUCCCGCCCUCCACAGACAUUGUGGACGAGUUCGCAGCGCCCAGGGUCGUCGGGAAAACUGAUGACAGACGCAAGACGAAGAAGUUUUCUCCCAGUUCGGAAUACAGUACGGCGAAGAUGGCGCUGCAAUCGGUCACUCGGACGGUGAGGAACAGUGAUUAUGAGGAAGGAGCAAGGAGGCCAUUCAUCGCGGCCCAUUUCCAUGGCAACACAUCUCAUCUGAGUCCCGAUGUCCACGAACACUACAAAGGUAACGGGCUAGUCCGCGUCUCCCACGGCGCAGCGCACGACGUGUGGUACCCAGCGCCGUGGACCGUGGCGUCCCCACACCCACGCCCCACUCUCACCAGGAACGGACACGUGCACGUCCACCACACUGGCGUUUACUUGGUCUAUGUGCAGAUCUACUACCUGGAUAGCCACGACAUCAUCUCGUGGGUCCUGCACCGCACUAACGCCGACAUCGAGGGUCGGGAGACGCUCCUGCAGUGCGCACAGUCCUCGCACUCCACUGAGCACAUCGACAAGCCCAACUCCUGCUUCUCCGCCGCCGCCAUCUUCCUGCGAGCUGGCGACCGGCUGGCAGUCAGGAACACAGGGGGAGACCGGCACUCCUUGAUGCAGCCAGAGAAAAGCUUCAUCGGUCUCGUCAAACUAGCUGACGCUGAAGACCCCACCCAGGAAUUGUAAUUCGCCCAACCCUCCCCUUUUCAGUAAUUUUCCCCCAAAACUUGAAUAAGGGUUAGUGUGCCAACAGAUUGUCUGGUCUAACGUGUAGUACGAAUUUAGGUUCAUUGCCUAUUUUUAUGUUACAGGAAAAUUAGGAUGUAUCCUAUUAGUGAUUAGUCACACUCAUUGCUAAAUGUUGUCUAAAACAUUAGAUAAAGAAUUCAUUUUUAUGAAAUUUUGUGACUUAAAGUUAGGGGACAUGAUUAAUUUUUUUCCUAAUUUUGAGUUUCGUUAAGCUUUCAUCUUACAAUAUUUGUGAUAUAACUUCACAAAUAUAUUGGAAAGUGAUAAUAUUGUUACUAUAGUCAAACGAGUGCCAUUGUUAUGUUAACGAAGUGGUAAUUAUAAGAACAAAUAAAUUAGUAGAUCUAUUUGGUAUUGGCAUUACUGUGUAAUCGAUAAUAUACAAGCCACCUCGCCUAGACGCUUUAACUGGCAACAUUUUGCUUCUGUGUUGCCACCAUGCUAUAAAGUAUGAAUAAGGUGUUUUAUUGUUAUACUAUAUAACAAUAAUAUAUUUUGAUAAAUCAAGGAAUAAAUCGAAAGAUCUGUUAUACCAUUGAUAUUAUAAGUACCUACUAACGUUAAAUCUUAAUAUAAUUUAUUUGUACGUACAUAGGUAUUCUUAUUUAAUAUAAAAGUUGAAAUGCAAGGAUGCAUUUUUGAUAUUCAUGUUUUGUAAGUGCAAACAAUAAAUUAAUAUUAAAAAUA